AUGAGUCUUGUAUUUUUUUUAAAUUCUUUAAAAUAUAAAAUAUUACAAAAUUUCAAAAAUGAAAAAAUAUAUUUUUGUAGUUCUGUUAAAAAAAAAUUUGGUGAAUUAUAUCAACCAAGAACAAGAUAUGAAAAAAAAAGUCAUUUAGAAGUAAUUGACGAAGUGUACUUUGAUAUGGUUGAUGCAAUGAGAGAGAAAAAUAAAUUAGAGAUGGAAGAACAUAAUAAUGUUGAUAAAAAUAUAUCUGAAAUUAUUUUAAAUCACAGUAUUUCAAAAAAAAAUGAAAUUAUAAAAAGUUUGAUGAGAUACUGUAUUGAAGUGAAAAACAAAAAAAAAGAAAUAGGAGAUAAAAAUGAAUCUAUAAAUAUAAAAGAUUUUAAUAAUAAAAACAAUCACAUGGAAGAUAUUUUGAAUAUAAUAAAAAGUAAUAUAAGAGAUUAUAGUAGCCAUUUUAAUACUUGUGAAAUAGGCAUAAUUUUAAAAUGUUUUCUUAAAAUCAAUAUAAAUGAUUUAAAUACUAUAAAUAUUUUGUUACAUCAUUAUUUUAAAAGAAAUAUGAAAUUUUCUCAGUAUGGUUCUUUAUAUGUAUUAAAUUCUUUUUCUAAAUUAAAUUUACUACCAAAUCAUAUGAAUAAUUUAAAAUUAUUGUGCUCUGAUAUAUUAAAAAAAUUAGGAAAUUAUGAAUUUAAAAAUAUAUGUUUAAUUUGCAAUUAUUCUUCUGGAUUAUAUAAUUUUAAUAGAAAAUUUAUUAGUAGUUUUAUUGAGGAAAUUUGUAAUUUUGUAGUAAAACAAAAUUACAAUGAUGAUCUAUGGUCUACAGAUUCUAUUCAUUAUAUUGCAAAUUCUUGUGCUAGAGUAAAUUAUUUAAACAAAGAAUUAUUUCAUUUUUUAAAAAAAAAAAUUGAGAAAAAAAUUUUUUUUUUUUCGCUAGAUCAACUAGUAUCUUUAACCAAUGCAUACAGUAAGUUUAAAAAUGCAGAAGAAUCCAACUUUUUGUCUUUAUAUUUAAUAAUAGCAGAUCAAAUAAUAAAGAAAUCAUAUUUAUUAAAACCAAGACAUUUAAGUGUGCUAGCUAAUUCUUUUAAUAAUGCUUGUAUUCUUCAUGAGCAUUUAUUUCAUAUUAUUACUGAAAAUAGUUUAGUUAAUAUAAAUUUAUUUGAACCAAAGCAAAUAGUUAUGUUAAUACAUUCUUAUGUUAACAUUGGUUUAUUAAAUAAUAAUUUAUUAGAUUCUAUGUGGGACAGGUCUUUUUUAUUUAUAAAAGAUUAUAGUAUUCAAGAAUUAUCUAUGUUAUUACAGUCAUAUACUAAAAGUUGUUAUCAUAAAGAAAAUUUUGUGAAUAAAAUAAAUGAAAGAAUAUAUUUAUUUUUUUCAUUAAAUUAUCCUUUUGUAACGCAAAACAUGGAGACAUAUACAUAUGAAAAGUAUAUAAAUGCAAUAAAUUCCUUAAAAAGUAAUGAAAAUUAUAAAUCAAAUAAUAUUUCCUUAAAAGAAUGUUCUAUUAUUUUUUAUUUAAUAUACAAUCUGCAAAAUCACCUUAAUCAUAUUAAUGAGAAAUUAGGGAAUCAAGAAAAAAUAAACGAUAACAUUUAUAAAAAUGACUCAGAGAUUUUUAUUAAAAAAAGUGAAUUAGAAAAAUAUACUUCUGAAGUACAAGAUCAUAAAAAUUGCCUAAAUGAUAUUUUAAUUUCUCAUUCAGUAGAUGAAGAAAAAAAAAAAGAUACAAACAAUAGUAUCAUGAAUGAUAUAACUUCAAAUAAAAAUAUUAGUGUUAAUUUUUCUACAAAUAAUUGUUAUAAUUACAGCAAAAAUAAAAAUAAUUAUUUAGAAAAUACACAUAGUUUAUUAUAUAUUAAUUAUUUAGAGAGUUGUUUGAUAAACUAUUUAAGUAGAGAUAUAAAUUCGACACUAUUAUGUUCUAUUAUAUAUUCUUUAAUUAAAGGAAAUUGUUAUUUACAAUAUGAUUUAUUAAUAUGUUUAUCAAAACUAGCCUUAAUUUUUAUGAAAAAGUUUAAAUUUUCAGAGCUAGCUAAUAUAUGCUCUGCUUUAUCAGAAGCUUAUAUUUAUGCAUCUGAUGAGAAUAACAGGCAAAACGAAAUCAUAUCAACAAAUCAAAAAGAAGAAAUAACCGAUAUUUAUAAUUCAUUUGAAGAAACAAAAGAAAAAAUAAGUUCCAAUCAAAAAAUAAAAUAUGAUGAAAAAUUAUAUAAUUCUUCCAAGGAAUAUUUAAUUAUGUGUAUAUUAUUUUUUGAUCAUGUUGAAUAUUAUUUGAAAAUGAAAAAAAAUUUAUUUACUGAUGUUUAUAGUAUUUAUAAAUUUAUAACUUCUUUUGGUGCAUUAAGAAUAAACAAAUAUUCUUCAGUUGCAUUACAUUUAUUUAAAUUAUUCCUUAUGGAAAUCAAAAAUUUAUCUUAUUUGCCCCUUCAAAAAAUAGCAAAUUCUUUUAUACAAAUGAAUGUUUACGAUGAAGAUGUCUAUGCAUUUAUAAAUAAAAUACAGAAAAUGAAAAAAAAAUAA